UGGCUCCGGCCCCUCUUCCCUUCUCUUCUGCGCGUGUGCAAGCGGAACGUUCGCGAAAAUUCCUGUAGCAGUACGGGCGGCUUCCGGAAGCCAGCUAAGGCCUUUACGGUAGUGCCGGCGAUUGGGCGUGAUUCACUUGUAGUCCCGGUGGAGUGGUUUCACGUGUGGAAAACGGAAUGGCGCUGCUGUGUUAUAACCGGGGCUGUGGCCAGCGUUUCGACCCGGAAGCCAACGCGGACGAUGCUUGCACAUACCACCCGGGUGUUCCUGUCUUUCAUGAUGCUUUAAAGGGUUGGUCUUGCUGUAAGCGAAGAACAACUGAUUUUUCUGACUUCUUAAGCAUUGUAGGCUGCACAAAAGGCCGGCAUAAUAGUGAGAAGCCACCUGAACCAGUCAAGCCUGAAGUCAAAACUACUGAGAAGAAGGAACUAUCUGAAUUAAAACCCAAAUUUCAGGAGCACAUCAUUCAAGCUCCUAAACCAGUAGAAGCAAUACAAAGGCCAAGCCCAGAUGAGCCAAUGACAAACUUGGAAUUAAAAAUAUCUGCUUCCCUAAAACAAGCACUUGAUAAACUUAAACUAUCAUCAGGAAAUGAAGAAGAUAAAAAAGAAGAAGAAAGUGAUGAAAUUAAGAUUGGUACUUCUUGUAAAAAUGGAGGAUGUUCAAAGACAUACCAGGGUCCACAGAGUCUAGACGAAGUCUGUGUAUAUCAUUCUGGAGUACCCAUUUUCCAUGAGGGGAUGAAAUAUUGGAGCUGUUGUAGAAGAAAAACCUCAGAUUUUAAUACAUUCUUAGCCCAAGAGGGCUGUACGACAGGGAAACAUGUGUGGACUAAAAAAGAUGCAGGGAAAAAAGUUGUUCCAUGUAGACAUGACUGGCAUCAGACUGGGGGUGAAGUUACCAUCUCGGUAUAUGCUAAAAAUUCACUGCCACAACUCAGUCAAGUAGAAGCAAAUAGUACAUUGUUAAAUGUUCACAUCGUGUUUGAAGGAGAGAAGGAAUUUCAUCAAAAUGUGAAGCUCUGGGGUGUGAUUGAUGUUAAACGAAGUUAUGUAAAUAUGACUGCAACAAAGAUCGAGAUCACUAUGAGAAAGGCGGAGCCCAUGCAGUGGGCAAGUCUUGAAUUGCCUAUAGCCAAAAAGCAGGAGAAACAAAAAGAAGAUACUUCAGAUUGAUUGGAAGAGAAACAGAAAGCUCUGUCCGUUUUAGACUUCUUAAUGUGUGUGGUGAAGUAGUUGCUUGCUGCUGUAAUCUUUUUUUUUUUUUUUUAAAUCUGCCAUUUUCAAAUUAACAGGUUCUCCAAAGCCAAAGUCUGUUAAAUAUUUGUGCCUCUAUCUAUCUUCCUUUUGAGUUCCAUAGUAUGAUUAUUCAAGUCUCCUCACUAGGGCUAUAGUUGUUGCCCCACACCUGAAGGGAGGAAAAGAACUUGUAAGUAUAAUUGCAAUGUUUCUUAAUAUAAACUAUUAGAAGCAGAGAAACAAAAGAAGAUUUUUUUUUUUUUUAUCCUGAUAACUGCUUUGUCCCUUACAUAGAAAAGCAAGGUGGUCAAAAGAAUGGUUUAAUUGACCUUUCCAUGAAUUUUUGUUACUGUAGUUCUUGAAAAUCUUUAAGGAAAAGAUUUGUGUUUUCCCCCAUGGGGUGGUUACUUUUCGUAGUACAAAUUCUGAAGCAGUGUCGUCAAACCAUCUGUGUGUACUGGUUAACAUUAUAACUCGUUUGCAAUUAAUUUAAAUUCAGAAAGCUACAUUAAUAUCUAUGUUACUUGUCAAGGAAUAUAAUUUAAGACUUUAGGAAAUAUAACUAAGAUUAUAGAAAUAUCAAUUUGGUCAAAAUUCAUCAUUUCAUAAGAGUAAGCAAUAAUGUUUAAAGAGUUUUCUGAUUGUUUAGAGAUCUUUUUAUGGUAUUUUGAUUAAAUUGUACCUGAUUUGUAGUCUGAACUCUCUUAUGGAUUAUAUCUGUCUCCCUGAUGAAAAACAGUAUGUGUAAAAUUGUGAAUAUGUAGCUUUGUUGAAAUAUUUUAAGGUGUGUGUUGAGGCUUGAAUCUGAAAUGCCCCUCUAGGCUUGUUUUGAGCUACUUACGGGUGUAUUAAAAAGGCUCUGAAACCUUUGUGCUGUGGGGCCUGGUUGAGCUCACUGGGGGUGAGCCUUUGAGGAUCAUACAUCUGUGGUGUGAUCCAGUCAGGGCAUAUAAACUGUCUCUGUCCCCACACUCCCACCACUCUCUCCUCAGCAUUUAUAUUUAUAGACUGUGUCCUCUGAAACCGUGAGUCAAAAUAAACUGUUCCUCCCUUGACUUGUUUCUGUCACAUGCUUUGGUCAAGGUGACCAGAAAAAUAAUCUACUAUAGGAAAAUUAUAGACUGUAAUUUAGGAUAGCUGUCUGUUAUAUGUUCAGUUAAUGUAGUAGCUUGAUUCUUUGGGUUUAUCUUAAGGGUUUCAUGAAGAGUUUGACACAUUUAUUAAUACAAUAAUAGUUAUAUGUUAUACUUCAUUUGUAUUAAUUGUAGAUGACACAGAAUUUCUUAUUUAUACCAACUAGAUCCAUUAAUGAG